GACGAAACUUACUGAAGUGCGUGUCAUGUUGCGAAGGCUUUAGUGGAUUUUGCGACAUUCUGUUCCCAGGGACCUCACAGAAGGUACAUUAUUUUAAUUUUUUUUUUUUAAUAUGAAAUUGUGGGAACUUAAGAAAGAAAUAUAUUAAGGCCCUCUAUUGCGCCAUUUUAAGACACAUUUAAUUAAAAGAACCUAUUUAUUUAUUGUUUAAAUCACUCAAAUCACUGUGUUACUGUGUGUGUUAUUUUAUUAACUAGUUAUCAUUAAUCAUUAUUGCCAUUUUUUAUUUUAUUUAAUAAUUUUUGACAAUUUAUGAUGGUAAAUAGUGAAUAGGCCUGUUAAAUAUUAAAUUUAAAUAUAUAUAAUUUUAAAUUAUAUUAUUAUUUUAUUAUCAUUCAAAAUCUUUUUCCAUAUUGACAUUGAUAAUAAUAAUAGUUAAUAUAGAUUGAUUGGCAGAUUGGUGAAAUAUAAAUAAUAAUAAAUAAUAAAGUAUUAAUAAUUUUAAAUUAAUAUUCAAUAUUAUUUUAAAAAAUAUUAAAUAUUAUAUUUAUUUGUAAUAUUAAUAUUAGUGUUUUAUUAGUAAUAUCUGGCCCUGUAGUUAACAAUUCAUAGGAAUACUUUCACUUUUAUUAAAAUUAAAUUUAUAUUAUUAGAAAAAAUAAUGAUAUUGUCAAUAUUAUUUUUUAAUAUAAUUAUUGAUUGACAUAUAAAUUUAUUAUAAAUAAUAUAAAGCACUCCCUAAAAAAGGUGUAGCCUAGGGCACUAGGGCUGCCAAGGCCCAAUCCUAUACCUAGGCCUAGGCUAUACUGAACUGAGUGUAUUAUAUAUUUUAUAUAAUAUAUAUUAGGCUUUUAUAUGAACUGUUUUAUGCCGUAAGCCAAAAUUAUGGAACAAGUAUUUUCGACAUUUUAGGACAUGCACAGAACGACGCGUCGACUAGUUUCAAAAUGCCUAGUAAUUAUAAUAAGGCUGUGACAUAUAGUCCAUUCAAUUAUCUUUCAUUUGAGACCUCAUUUUGUCUUACAAAUCCAACAAUAAAAUUUUUAAUAGUCUUUUAAUCCCAACCUCUCACUUCUGUUACCUGGUUACGAAUAGCUACUUCGAUAUUAUAAUUUCAGUAUCAGUCAAUUGGGUUCUAUUACUUUAAUUAUACAAUAUCGGAUAUACUAAUACUUAAGAAUGGCAGCUCACUAUAAUGUCUAAAAUAGUAAUAAUAUGCAAAAUAAUUAUUUGCAUUAUUGGCUAUUUGCCAAGCACUGUUACUAAGUCUAAGACUAAGUGGUUUUCUUAAAAUUAGAGUUAGAGCCCUUGGACAUAGAAAUUACUAGGAUGGAGAAUGUUUCCUAUUGCUUUUGCUUCAUGCACUAAAUGUAGACUAUACAUUGUCACAUAGUCAUUCUACAUUUUAGUUUAAUUCUUUUAUUUGCCUGUAACUUAUAUAAGAUUUGUUCUAAGAUAUUGUUGUUUUUGGUGCUCCUUAUGGCUUUAUUUUGUUUUAAUAAAAGCUUUGUUAUGUAAAUCCACAGGUUCUUUUCCCCUACACAAUCAUCCCUGGAGUUCCCAUUCCACAUGUUGGUGUACAUAGAGAUUGUAAAUAUCAGUUUUACAAAAAGAGAACUUUAAAAAUAAAACUGCACUUGCCAAAAGACGUAUUCAAUUUAACACUAAAUAAUAAUGAUACACAGCUAGCCACCAUUCUUAAUCAACUGUGAUAGUUUCUGUAUUAAUUAUUUCAGUGUUCAACAUCAUGAAGGGAGCUACCACUUUGUUUGACCCUCACUGGGUUUCGGUGAUUGUUUUAUUAGGGGGUAUCUUAGCUCAAGUGGGAGAAGUGUUAUCAUAUUCUGUACUUCCGUCUGGUGAGUUACACUUUGCUAGUAAACACCUUUUGCAUGUGGAUGAGGACUCAGGGAGCAAGGAGGAUAAAUCUAAAGACAAUUCUAAUUUGGAAAGUAUAAGCAAACUGCAGGUUUGUUACAAACUUCCUUUUUUUAUGAAAAUGUCAUACUGAUUUUUUAACAGAAAAAUAGACAACUCAUAAGCAUCAUGUUUAAAAUUUAGAAGUUAACUUAUUUUAAAGCUCUUAUAAUUUUGAUCUUAUAGUAUAUAAAUCUCUAUUUUUCAGUCAGAAGGUGGGCCUUUGUUCAUAAAAAAAAUUGAUAAGGAUAAUCUUGGAUUGACACAUGGCUUCAUCGCAUCCCUCUCAGUUAUCAUUGUCUCAGAGCUGGGGGAUAAAACAUUUUUUAUUGCUGCCAUUAUGGCUAUGACACAUUCCAGACUUACAGUUCUUAUGGGAGCCUUGGCUGCCUUAUUUUUCAUGACCUUUCUUUCAGGUGAGAAAAACAAAUUAUUUUAAAAUGUUGUAAGUUAAUUCAUGUAAAUUACAAGAAACUAAAAUGGAAUGUUGAGCUUUAUCUUUUUGUUAACAGUAACUUUUAAAGACCUUUGCUUUCAGAUUAAGAAAGCUUAUGAAGACUUUUUGGGGGGGGGGGUAUUAAAAGUUCAAUAAGUUGUUGGGUUUUUUUAUAAACAUAUUAGAAUACACACCAUGUUUAUUUUUUUAACCAAAUUAUUAUGAAUUCUGAAUGAUGAAAAAUAGUUGUUUAAAAUUGGUUUCCCUACUAAGUUUCCAUGAGCAACUAACCUACUUGCUCAAAUGAUUUUCUCACACCAUAGCAAUAUUUUUUAUUCUGAAUAUAACUUUUCCAGCCAUGGUUGGUUAUGCCACAACAGUGAUACCUAGAGCUUUAACUUACUAUGUGUCCUCUGCUUUGUUUGCAAUAUUUGGUCUUAAGAUGUUGAGGGAAGGUAUGUAAAGCUUUUAAGUUACUACUGUACAACUACUCAGAUGUACAUCAUCAUUUUUGUUUAUUAACUCAGUUGAUAAGAAUCCUAUCAAUGAAAUCAUCACAUUAUUAUAUCAGUAGAUUAAACAAAAUUAGCCAUUUCUAUUGACAGAGUUUGUUGGUCUAGAGGAGUCUCCAAACUUUUCAGCCAGAGGGCCGCAUUAACAAUCAAACAGCAGUGGGCCGUAGUUUGGAGACCUCUAUAAUAAAAAAAAUGUAUCCUUUUUUUUUUUUUGUUCAUAAUGAUUCAUUUUUAAAAAGAUUUGUGUUGUAAUAAAAUGGGGUUUUUUUUUCAAUAUUACUAAAACAAAUUUAUGGGUGGAGACCUCUAUAAUAAAAAAAAUGUAUCCUUUUUUUUUUUUUUGUUCAUAAUGAUUCAUUUUUAAAAAGAUUUGUGUUGUAAUAAAAUGGGGCUUUUUCUUCAAUAUGACUAAAACAAAUUUAUGGGAUGUGAUAUAAUCAGAACAAAUUCAUACCAAAGAUAACUUUACUUACAUAGAUAUCCUCACAUCUUAUCUUUUUUUCCUAAGGUUGGUAUAUGACAGAUGAUGAAGGUAAAGAGGAAUAUGAGGAGGUACAGGCUGAUCUCAAGCGUAGAGAGGAUGAGGUGAGGACAUUUUAGACAUACUUCAACUAAAUUCUCUCUAUUUCCUCACUACUUUGCAUAUUUUGUUAUUGACAGGAUCCAGGAUCAAGCUGACUCUACAUGUGUUGAAGAAUUUGUGUAAAUUUUCUUCAUGUAAUAAAAAUUAUUUCCCAGUUACUUGUUCCCUAGGUAGAUAUCAAAGUUUGUUUAUUUAUGUCAUAUAAGAUAUUUUUUUCUAAGGAAAAGACACACAAAAUUUUAGCAAUUAAGUUACAAGUAAGAAUACGUGGAUGAGUCUUUUGCUAUUUCUUACUUCAAGAUGUCUUUGAAUAUGUCCUACAAUAAAGGUGUUUUAUUCACUUAAGUUACCACAUUGUGUGUUAUUCAUUAAUAAGGCAGUGAAAAAUUUAAGCUAUGCCGGGUAAGCACCUCCUAAGAUCCAGGGGAACUUCUCGGGUCAACAAGAUUAUUGCCAGGAGGAUGUGAUAAUUAAAUGGAUCAAAUUAACAAAAACAAAUUUUAUUUACCAAUAUUAAUAUAUUGAAAUAUUUCUCAAGAACGAAGGCUUAGAAUAGAGUUGUAUGUAAAGGCUAAUUCAUUGUGCGGGAUUUAUGUGCAACCUUCUUGAAUGUUUAUCUGUUUUUAAAGCCUACUCAGUUACAGAAAACCUCCUAGAUUUUGAUAGUAAACUUAUUAUCAUUCAUCACUGUGAUGAAAUGUCGUCAUCUUUCUUUCAGCUGCAUGCACAAUUGCUUGAGGAAGAGGAAAAAGUCAAAGUUAUUAUUAUAUUGUUCUUAUUAUUUACUUGCUACUAAUAUUUUGUAUCUUCUUGAUAUUUUCUGCCUUUUGUUUGGGGCCUGAGAAAUAGAUUUGGGAUUGUCAUAUCAGUUAUAGUUGGAUGCACCCCUUUUUAACAUGCAUGUAAGCCAUUGUAAGCCCACCUAGUGCAAACCAAUGCUGUAUUAAAUUGUUUCAAAGUAAGACCAGAGAACAGAAGAGUUUAAAAAGCAGCUCUAGUCAUAUAUUCAUACAUUUAACUUACUUAAAGUCUGUAUCAUUUUAUUUGGAGUACUUGGCCAAUUUAGCUCUCAUAGUGUUGGAGCUGUAAAGACAAACAUUUUAUACAGUCUUAUAGAAAAGGAUCUUUUCAUAGCUUUACAAUUUUAAGGACUCCAACUUAAUUUAGCAGGAAGUAUAUAUGAAAAUAGGGUAGCCCUGAUUUUUAUAUAUAUUUUUAUUUAUUUUUUUUUUAUGUUGAUGUUAUGUGUAUUAACCUUUACUUUUGUUUUUUAAAGAGGUGAAUUAUUUAUUUAUUUAUUUUUGUUAAAACGUUUGGGUCUAUUACAGCCAUUUUUUAAAAAUAAAGCUUGAGGGAUGUAUUACCUUUUAUUAACAGAUGUGAUUCUCUUGAUUUUCAUAUGUUUUUAAUGAUAAAUUUUUGUUUGUGCUCAAAUGUAUCAUAAAGCUAUAUGAAUCUUUCAAAAGAUAAUUGACUUUGGAGCACUAAAGUAGAAAAUGUAAAAAAUAAUUUUUGUCACUGUCAUUCUACGUCAUUAUACCUUGAGCUUAACUGCUAAUCCAUUAGUGUAAGUGUAAAGAUACCAAAAAUAUAGCCGCAAUAUAAUGACAUACCCCAUAAUCACAAGUUUUGAUUACAGGUGUGUUUGGAAAAGAAAAAAAAAUCUUUUAAACAAAAUAUGCUUUUGCCUAAUGAUAUUCUUUAUAUUCAUCUCAUUUUAUUAUGUGUAUGUGUGAGCACUUAACACAUCCUUAGUUAAUGUGGUGAUACAAAAAAGGCAUAAUAGUUUAUUCUAAAACUAACAUUGGACAUACACAAGUUCUUUAACAAUAACUAUUUUUAAAAAUUAUAUUAUCCAAGAAAUUUAUCCUCACUUUUACUAGUCUUAAUAUAAAAAAUAAAUUCUUUGCUAAAACCUCCACGCUUAUAGCUAAUUUGUUUCUAGUACCUUUUUUCCGGUACGUGACUUUUUGGCCAGGUCAUUUUGGCGCACAGAUGGCCUGAGCCAUUAUUUACCGUUCCUGCCUAAUCAUGCGUGCGCUUCACAUUUAUAAAAGUGCAAGAGUGUUUUAGACUAAAAUCAUAAGUUAAGUAGAGUUGCCCAUAAUUUUUUGAUGGACUAAUAUACAUGGACUUUCGGAAGACUUAUGAAAGUUACAAGAUUAGACAGGAUUCAUUAACUAUUAUUAAGUUGUUAUAAGUUGAUUAUUUUGCAUUUGCUAAAGGUAAAAUAUUGCAUGGGACUAGUAACUUGUUAAACGUUUCUUAAUUGAUAUAUUUUGUGUUCUCUUUAUUGAAAAGUUUAUAAAAGUUAAGUUAAAUAAAAAGUUUUUUUUAAAUGGCGCCAAAAUGUCCUGCGCCAAAAAGUCCUACUUCGCCUUUUUUCCCCCUCCAGUAAUCUGAGGCUUCUUCUUAAUGCUGAAAAGAUUUACAUCCUGCUGUUUCUCAUAGCAUUUAUCUUGUCCACACAGGGGUGGUACUUUUAUAUUUCAGCUGCCAGUGAAGCUACCUUUAAGUUAACUAUGGGAAGUGGAAGAAAAGUAAUUAGCUCCAUUUUGAGAAGUUAAUUUUUUGGUAAUUUAUUAUAUUUCCUUCACAUUGGGAUUUACACGAAUUUCUUAACAAAGUUCCACCUCUAUAAAAUUAUUGUUAAUUUUGGAUUGUAACACAUACAUCCCUUACACCAAUAAUUAAAGCUGGUGACUUACUGUUGUAUAGCUGUAAAUGGAAUCUUUAGUAACAUGCACACAUAACUUCAAGCUGUGUAUUUUUAACAUAAUGGCCACGUUUUUUAUUUUUUAAAACAUUAAUUGUGUAAAUUGUGCAUCUUGAAACAAAUUAUGAUAAACCAUUUGCUGAUCAGGCCUAGGGCAGUGGUCUCCAAAAAUGUUUGGUCUUUAUUUCCCUUACCUUUUUAUUUUAAAUAGAACGCUACAAAGCACACGGCAAAGUUUAUUAAUAAAUAAUUGUACAGGAAAUAGAAAAAAUCAAUUGCUGUGUUUUCUUGCAAACAACCUUGAACCAUUUCAUGUGUGUCAUGGCAUUUUUGAGACCAUUGGUCAAGUGUUAGAAUUGUUGAUAAUUUAGUUAUUUGCACUGACUUGACUAUAUUUUCUAUCAUUUACAAUAAUUGUUUAAAGUUGUCUAUAUAUACGACAUAUAGCUAUUUCUUUUCAUGAGAUAAUUUUUACACACAAUAAGUGCUUUCGGAAUAGCAAAAAAAGUAAUGUUUUUUGUUUGUUUUAAUCUUAGUAUAUUUUUACUGGUAAUAAGGGGAUGAGGCUGCAAUUAUUUUGUGCUGUCACAUGUACUUUUAACUAUUUCAGUUUUGUAAAUGGAUGCUGGUGUACUAUUCAGUUACACAUCUUAUAUUGACAUUGAAAGCAUUUUGAGGAUUUCUUGUUUUUAAUUUUACCAAGAAAUUUAGUUUGUGAAUCUGAAAAUUUCGCAAAGUAUUUUUAAACCAGGUGUUUCACUUUAUGUAUAAGAAAUGCCUCAUCUAGUCUUUGCCUCACCUACCAUUGUUUGUGUUAUCAGAUUGAGAAACAGAAUACACCCACACAGGAUGUGGAAACAGGGAUAAUCAGAUCGCCAGGAAGACGAUUUGUCUCUGGGAUAUUAUCCACAGUGUUUCUCCAGUCUCUUACGCUGACCUUUUUAGCUGAGUGGGGAGACAGAUCACAGAUUGCAACUAUAAUCUUGGGAGCUAGGGAGGUGAGUAAAAAUUGAGGAAGAAAGCAGCUUUGGGAGUUCUAAAAAUCCAUUUAUACAAAGAUUUGUGGGCAAGCAAACAGAGAAUUGAAAUACAAUCUUCAAAGGGAGUUAUAUUUUAAAAAAUGGACUAACAACCUGCUUUUGUAGAGUGUUUUUCAAUGCUAAUUAAGCCCUUGGUUUAAUCCUGCUAGCUUUAUGAAGUUUUGUGUUUGCAAAUGCCACAUUUUUUUUUUUAAUUUGUGUAUUGAAUUGAAAUAAGUUUUGAUGCUACCAAUUUAAUUUUGGUGAUUUAAACAAAAAUUGUAUUAUGGUGAGUUUCAAGCAGAGAGACACAGUUAAACUUGUAUUUUUUUUUACUUUAGCACAUAUCAUGCACCACACAACUAACAGUUCAUCUUGGUGUGUACCAGAUGCAAACCUAGAGGGGCAAAGAAUAGUCAAUUUAUAUAACAUGGGAUUACUGGGCUUAUAUUUAUAUGCAAUAAUCAUAAUUCACCCACUACUGUUAAAACUGAAUAUUUCUCUUAUUGCAUUGGUUUCCUCAGAAUGUGUUUGGUGUGAUUCUGGGUGCCAUCCUUGGCCACACAAUAUGUACUGGCCUUGCUGUGUUAGGGGGCAGGUUCAUUGCACAGAGGAUAUCUGUCAGGACAGGUAAUGGCUGUAUAAUGAUCUUUUAUUACUUUUAUACCCGACAGUUACAUUCUGACAUGUUAGGUAAAUCAAAGUAGUCUACACAUAAGAAUUAUAGGUCAACUAAUAUUUCACUAGCUGGAAGGUUGUUAUUUGUUUUUCCCCUUUAAGUUUUAAUCUAUGUAGGAUCUACAUUUAUGAAGGAGUUAUAAAGUCCCUUUAGAUUUUUGUAAAACACGCCAACAGUUUUAUCUAUAUUUAUGCAUGAAAAGCAUUACUGUUAAAAUAGAACCAUUUCAAACCUUAGUGUAGGAGAUAUCCCGACAUCUGUUACAGAAUUUUCUUAUGCGUGACUGAAUGCUGAUGUGAUGGAAAGUAUUUCAGUAGUCUGAAAUGAAUUGAAUAUUUAAAGUCUUCUUUGCUUCAUAACGUCCCUCUAAGGUGUUUAAUAAACAUGAGGGUAUUUAAUGCACUGUGACAUUUGUGUCAAUGAAAGCUGUAAAUGCUUUCAGCCCUGCUGUAAACAAAAGUUUUAAACUUACAUUGUUGUUUUUUUUUAUUUCAGUGACACUUAUAGGAGGUGUAGUAUUUUUACUCUUUGCCCUGUCUGCGUUUUGGAUUGGGCCUGGAACAUAACUGGAUUAGUUGUUAUCUCCACUUAUACUUAAAGUUGUAAAUCAAACUCUUUGUGCUUCUCUUGCUUUCUUCACCCUGUCAACAGACAUUAUUUUGAUGGUUCUACAUUGGCUUUUCAAAUGUAUAAAGCUGGGUUUUUUAAAAAAUGAAGGAGGAGACUGUUGAUGAAUCACAUUUUGUAUUCCUUAUGUAGAAAUUUGUUGUACUUUAUAACAUCACUUGGACAUCAAUUUAGUGCUUGAACUUAAAUGGUAAAGUUGUGUACAUAUGUACUGCCUAAAUACUGUAUUUCAACAUUGAUAAACUUUUUUCUUUUUGUUUCUCAUUUUAAAAAGUAACGUAUUCCUGGGUGUGUCACUAGCCAGAGACGGUACUGAGACAUUCAGGAAAGGGGAUGAAACUAUUUGGAAUUGUGGGAUGAAAGAAUUGAGAAUUGUGGGAUGAAACUAUUUGGAAUUGUGGGAUGAAACUAUUUGGAAUUGUGGGAUGAAACUAUUUGGAAUUGUGGGAUGAAACUAUUUGGAAUUGUGGGGUGAAAGUAUUUGGAAUUGUGGGGUGAACGAAUUGGGAAUUGUGGGAUGAAACUAUUUGGAAUUGUGGGAUGAAAGUAUUUGGAAUUGUGGGAUGAAAGAAUUGGGAAUUGUGGGAUGAAAGUAUUUGGAAUUGUGGGAUGAAAGAAUUGGGAAUUGUGGGAUGAAAGUAUUUGGAAUUGUGGGAUGAAAGUAUUUGGAAUUGUGGGAUGAAAGUAUUUGGAAUUGUGGGAUGAAAGUAUUUGGAAUUGUGGGAUGAAAGUAUUUGGAAUUGUGGUAUGAAAGAAUUGGGAAUUGUGGGGGGAAAGAAUUGGGAAUUUUUGGGAUGAAAGUAUUUGGAAUUGUGGGAUGAAAGUAUUGGGAAUUGUGGGAUGAAAGAAUUGGGAAUUGUGGGAUGAAAGAAUUGGGAAUUGUGGGAUGAAAGAAUUGGGAAUUGUGGGAUGAAAUUAUUUGGAAUUGUGGGAUGAAAGUAUUUGGAAUUGUGGGAUGAAAGAAUUGGGAAUUGUGGGAUGGAAGGAUUGUGAAUAGGGGAUAACUACAAAAUAAGCUUGCCUUAACCUUACUAUCAUUGUAGUUUUUUCAAAUAUUAUUUUUAACAACCGGUUGGCUAAUAAAGGGACAUAGGCAACACCUCUCUCUAAAAGACUGAUGACAUGCUUGUAAUAUUGCAAAAUAAAUUGUAAAAAAUAUAAUAGUUCUUAAUAUUUAAGAAAUGUUUUUGUAAUUUUAUGUGGGAGCAGCUUAUGAAGUCUUUAUAAAUUUAACAAUGCACAAUUAAACAAACUGGUAAAAAAAACAAAAAAAGUCUCCAACCUGGAGUGGAAGUUGUUUUUUCUUUUUCCACGUGUCCCUGCGUGAGAUAUUUGUUGUUCUUUUCAAGUAAGUUUUAAGUCCUUGUCAUAAGGAUGGGUUUAAAAUGGGUUAUAAUAAAUCAUCUGUUGUAGACAUCUUUUUGAAAGGAACACAUUUUAUAUAUUAUGUAUUCUUAACACUUUUACUUGUAUGUGAUGUCAGAUGCUUGAACUCUCAUAUCUGUCCAUUUUUUAGCUUCCCUAAACAUCUCAGAUUCUGUGAUUAGCAUGUAGAUAGGAAUAAAUAAAUGAAGAGGUUUAAUUGAUUGGAUUACUAACUAAAAAUGUAUAUAAUUGAUAACUUGUUAUUUAAUAUUUAAUUUAAUAUCUCAUUUACAUAUGAGAAAAAUCAUGUUAUUGAUUGGAUUUUCUUUUGAAUGGAGGAAGUAUUCCAUUUCACAGUUUUAAAUUUUAAACUGAUAAGUUUCUUUUCACCCCCAUGUGUCAGCCAAAACAUUAAAAAUGCUGAAUAUACCCAUUAUCCUGUCAUAAAUAUCUUAUCAGUUUGUAAAGGUAAAGUCAGGCUGUAAAACUUCGUUUCCUUCGACCCUACUUUCAUUUAAUGACACUCAUGGCAUUAUUAAAAACUACAGAUAUUUAAUCACAUUUGACAGCUUCAUUUAUUUUAAAAGUUGGUGUUAUUUGAAUGCUGCCUCUUUUUUUUUUGGUCUUCAUUUUAUACAAUUUAUUUUUUUUUUAAACAAAACAUAUCUUUCUAAAUUAUUUUUUAAAAUUGAAAUUAGGGAGGAAUAUAAAUUAAAUUAAAGUUGACAGAGAAUUAUUAAUUGUCGGGAAUCUAUUUUAACAAAAUGCUAAUAGUCUUUGGUGAAGGUUGAAACUGUCGGUGAAAUGGGGAAAUAAUUUGUAUCCUUAACUCUGGUUUUAUUUGAAUGUAGACUGAAAGAGUUUUGUUUAUGGCUGUUUGUACAUGGGAGAAAUUGUUGAAUUUAUUUUAUUUACCGCACCAGUGUUGUCGGUUACUUUCAUAUGGGGUAAUAAAAAUGAAUACUGACAUUUACAAUGAUGUUUAUGAGACAUAUGUAAAUAUAUGUAAAUACUUAUUUUGGGGGGAAUUUGUGGUUUGGGACCUCAUGAAUGAGAGGAUGGUUAAUACCUGAAUUUGUUUGUUUUUUUCGCCUCAUAUUUUAAAUCACUUAUACAUCAGGCUAGUAACAUUUCUCUAAUGCAUAUUAAAUCAUGGGCUGCACUAUUGUUUUAUCAAAUAAUUGAAAUCAAUAUAGUUUCACCAUAAUUCUUAUUUUGGAUUAUUUCAUUUAAAUAUGAAUAGAUAUACUUUUUUUUUAAAUCCUGAGAUCUUUUAGGUUUAAAAUUAGGUGUAAACAUAACAGACAAGAUUUUUGUCCACAUGAAUGAAAGUUGAUUAUUCAUCCAUUCUGCUUUUGUUACCAUAACAGUCCCUAUAGAUCCAGGCUUUUGGAGCAAGAACACCAAUAAUAAGGCUUUUGAGCUCAUUUAUUAUUUCUAAAUAUUAACUAACAAUAAUAUUUCGAAAUAGUGUUAGUUAUUUUUAUUUUUUUUUACUAUGGGGUACCGGUACCUAGAUUCUUGUUGUUUCUGCAAAUGCAGCUAGAAUUUACUUAACUAAGCUGUUAAAAGGGUCUUGUAGAACACUUACCGGUACAUAAUAUACCAGAAUGUACAAGUAAUAGGAUGUAAAGUAGCAAAAUUGACUGUCAUGGCUCCUUGAGUGACUUAUAUUUCAUGGGAAUCAAGUAUUCUAGAUGAGCAUAGCAAUCUGUUGGAGAGCUCUAUUGAUUCAAUUCUUGUGAUUGAGGAAAUACUGUAUCUUGGAUGUUACUUUGAAUACAAUUUUUAGAAUUAAUUUAGAAAUCAAAGCCAAAUCUAUUAAAAUGCCAGCGCCAAAAGCGUGGUUUUUUUUAAAAAAAGAUCCCUAUAUAACUGAACAUUGUAUAUUUCAAAUGAUAAAAAAAUUGUGGGC